AUGAGCGCUCCCCCGACGCCACCUCCCGGGGGCGAGGAAAGACUCGAGACGGCCUGGACCCCCCGGGGACCAACGCCAGCGGCACCCGCGACGACGGAGGAGGAGGCGGCGGCGGCGGGGACCGGGGGCGCGGGGGCGGCGGACACGGUAGCCAUCCAGUGCGUCUCCGCGCUGGUGUGCGUGGUGGGCAGCGCCCUGGUCAUCUUCGUGAUCCUCCGCUACGCCAAGAUGAAGACGGCCACCAACAUCUACCUACUGAACCUGGCUGUGGCCGACGAGCCCUUCAUGCUGAGCGUGCCCUUCGUGGCCUCGUCGGCCGCCCUGCGCCGCUGGCCCUUCAGCCCGGCGCUGUGCCGCGCGGUGCUCAGCGUGGACGGCCUCAACUCAUUCCCCAACGUCUUCUGCCUGGCCGUGCUCAGCGUGGACCGCUACCUGGCUGUGGUGCACCCGCUGCGCGCUGCCACCUGCCGCCGGCCCGGCGUGGCCAGACUGGUCAGAGGUGUGUGGCUGUGGGCGCUGGCGCUGCCGGCCAGCUGGCAGCAGCCGAAGCGCUCUGAGAAGAUCACGUGGCUGGUGCUGACGGUGGCGGCCGUCUUCGUGCUCUGCUGGCUGCCUUUCUACGCGGUGCAGCUGCUGAAACUUGUGACGGGCCUGGAUGCCACCGUCCACCACGUGCCCCUCAUCCGCAGCCACGCCAACAGCUGCGCCAACCCCAUCCUCUACGGCUUCCUCUCUGACAACUUCCGCCGGUCCUUCCAGCGGGCUCUCUGCCUGCGCUGCCGUCUCCUGGAUGCCUCUGGCGGUGCAGACCAAGAGCCACUGGACUACUGUGCCACCGCCCUCAAGAGCAGAGGGGGCGCAGGAGCCGCAUGCCCCCCACUCCCCUGCCAGCAGGAGCCCAGGCAACCAGAACCCAGCCGCAAGCAGGUCCCCCUCACCAGGACCACCACCUUCUGA